AAGAAAUCAAUGAAGCAGUAGCGGCUACUCGAAUUCCCAGCUUGACUGAUUCAACAACCAUCGACAAGGAAGCAGAACAAUCAACAACAGCAGCAACAACAUUUGUUGAAGAAGAUAAGAAGAACACAACAUUAGAAAAUGUUGUUGAAGGAGGUAACAAAAAUACGACAUCUGAAAUAUCUGGAGAUAUAGACGUCUACUAUGGAUUUCAAGCUACACCAGUUAUUGUGAAGGUGCUGGGAGACGAUGGCAGAUUUCACUGGUAUCUGACAAAGGAGGGUGUUGGAGAUACGCAGAAGAAUUAUUACCAAAAUGG